GCCGGUCAGUCACAACAGCGGAAGCACCAAUCCACUGCUCAGCACUCCAAUAAGAUGGUUUACCAACCGCCAAUAAAUAACUUUAGAAGAAGAAGAACACGGGAAGUAGGAAUAAAGUAUGGAGUCUCCCAGUGUAACCUCAGUGGUCCUGCUGGCCUGCGGCUCCUUCAACCCCAUCACCAACAUGCACCUGAGGAUGUUUGAGCUGGCUCGAGAUCAUCUGGAAGACACAGGUCAGUACAAGGUGGUGAGCGGCAUCAUCUCUCCUGUGGGCGAUGGCAAUAAGAAGAAGGGUUUGAUUGAGGCCUCCCACCGUCUGGAAAUGGCCAGAUUGGCCACAGAGAACCCAAAUUGGAUCACUGUAGAUUCCUGGGAGAGCUUGCAGCCUGAGUGGGUGGAGACGGUUGCGGUGAUUCGGCAUCACUAUGAGAAACUGCUGGAGACACAGCAUAACUGCGAUGAGAUGGACACUUAUGAAGCUUCAUCUCAUCAGAAAAGGAGAGACGGCCCUCAGGUGAUGUUGCUGUGUGGGACUGACAUCCUGGAGUCCUUUGGUGUCCCCAAUCUGUGGAGGCAGGAGGAAAUCACUGAGAUCAUGGGCCGCUACGGUUUGGUCUGCAUCACUCGCAGUGGCUUCAAACCGCACGAGUUCAAGUCGGACGUGCUGUGGAAGCAUCGCAGAAACAUCCACUUGGUCCACGAGUGGGUGACCACCGAUACCUCCUGCACUAAAGACGUGCGCCUAGCGCUUCGUCGAGGUCAGAGCGUCAGGUACCUGCUGCCAGACGCCGUUGUGAGCUACAUUCAACAGAACGACCUCUACAUUGCAUAGAGCGAGCAAAAAAACGCUGAUGUGGUUGUUGUGUUACAACAAAAGAAAUAAACAAAAUA